CAUGAUUCGAGCAAUCUUUCCAUCAGUGUUUUAUCAAUUAUGGACUUCUCAUGAGGUGGAUAUCUGACAAUAAAACUAAUACCAAUUGAACCUCUGGCCGCAGCCAAAUCAGGCGCACAAGAUGAACGCAUCAAUAUGUCGGCCAAUCACUAGACAUUCUUGCAGGAGGACCACAGCUCUCGUCAGGCAAGGGUUCCUCGGAAUAGCGGUGCCCAAGAAUCUGGCUCUACCAGAACUCGAGUUGAACACUUCCCCUAUCCACGGUCGCCGCCUCAUGCAUCAUACUCCAUGGCUGUCCAGCUCCCUAAAGAGAGUAAGAAUACGCAAAACAAGUGGGCCUGCUCGGCCUGAGCAUAUCCUACCACCAACUUCGAUCCUGCGAACAGCUUAUAAGUCCGGAGCACUUACAAUAGCACCCGAAAAAGUCCUAGAAUUUCUUCAAGAGUUCCAUACUCAGAGCUUGGUGAACACCCCAGGAUGGGAGCGAACAGUAUGCCUGGAUCACGAUAUCGAUCCUUGGACUUUAGGCAUAAUUGCUGGCAUCCUAGACAAAUGCGAGAGUCCAAACCAGAAGAGAUUCGGUAGAGACCUCCUCUUCACCGCUGCGUCGUUCGGAGAUCUUGCAUCCAAUUUCAACCUUGUCUAUGCAGCUACUAAGCAAGGACGACUCGAUGACGUUACGCAGCCAUUGCAGCAAGUCGGUCUCCUUGCCAAGACGGGCCACGAUCCUCAGGCUAUGACGCUCUUGGGAAUGGCUCUCUUUUCGCAGCGGAAAGAGGACGAUGCGUUGGUGUGGCUCCGCAAAGCCUCGGCCGGCUUUUUGGACUUUCCAGGUGCCGCCGACGCGCUCGUUCUUGAGGGUCGAAUUCUCAUGUCAUAUGAUAAAAAGGGUGCUAUGGCGGUGUUCCAACGAGCCGCUGACGAAUUGGACGACCCUAACGCAUAUUUCUACCUUUCAAAACUACAGCCGCCUGGAUCUGCGACUCAUGAGAUGUACUUGGCUAAAGCCGCUGCUUCAGGGGUAUUGGAGGCAUGCCAUAACCUUGGUGCUCUGGAGCUGGCUAAGAUCAAUAAGAGAGUACAGAAACCAAAAUCAAUGGAUGAUUAUGGGUUGGCGAGGGACUGGACCGAGGUUGCCGCCGUGGGAGGAUUUGGUCUGAGCCUGUUGAACAUGGCGUUGAUGUGUAGGAAUGUUGGGCUGCGAGCGCAGGGAUUGGUGUGGUUACAGAAAGCUGAAAAAGAUGCUAAGGUACGCGAUGAAGUACAAGCAUGGAGGCAAAGAUGGAAGAGUGAAGACACCUUACGAGGAUGAGGAAUGUAGAUGAGUAUGGACUGGUGACAGCCUCAGGACGACCCAAUUGCUUCGCUUGAGGAUCACAAACAUUGAUACUGCACGCUAAAUGUUCAAAUAUCGUGGCUUAUGUAAUUUCUAGAGGAACAUAAAAGGUCAUGGAAUGUAAAUUAGAAGGUUUUUGAAGGAGACGACUCGUUCCCCAGACACAACGGUGUAGGACUGAUGCUUGGAUAACGGCCUCUCUUCAACCUCAUGUCUGUGUGCUUGCUCGUAUUCAGACUUGUUUAAGACAAGAAUAUUUUACGCUGAAUACCGAGG